UGAUUACAAAGCAGUAUGAACAGAAGAAAAUAAUGACUGAUGAAUUUUUAAGUGUCUACUUUAUUAUUAUAAAAUGACAUAGUACUGUGUUUUAAUUUUAGAGAAUGCAGCACAGCUCUCAGCAGUAGUGGCUAAGUUUUAACUGGAGCCAGCAUGCUUUGCCAUGGCAGUAUGGAAUAGUGGAAGGGAGUGUGGGCUAUUGAGCCUGCCUACCUAGGUUUAAAUCCUGAGGCUGCCACUUAAGCUGUAGAAUCCUUGAGCAGGUAGCAGUCUCUGAGUGUUUCCUCAUCUUUAAAAUGGGAACAAUAAUUCUUUUGUGAAAAUGUUGGUUUAAAAUAAGACAAUGUAUAUACGAUGUUUAAUGCAGUGUUUACCACUUACCAGGCCCUCAAAUUCUUGGUAGUAAUGCUACAUUGCCUCCAUUAGAAAUGGUACUUUAAAUAUCUCCCUCUGUGCUUAGCCAGUGUUCUAACGGGUGAUUUCUGCUUUACUCCAUCAUUACCUGGAACAAGUCAUUUAUCCUCUCUGUACAGCAAGGAUGUUACUGUUUUUUAAGGAAACUACUAAACUUCCUGUGCAAGCGAAGUAGAAUUUCAUAAGAACAUAAUGGAAAUUGGCAAAACUGCUGAGAACCUGUAUGCUUGGCUAGUUCAUAACUUAGAAGUUACUUGCAUCUUUACGAGUCCCCCAGCCUUUUGUUAUGAAAAAUUAUGGAGAAGAGAAAACCUAUGGUGGCUGUGAAGGCCCUGAUGCCAUGUAUGUCAAAUUGAUAUCUUCAGAUGGUCAUGAGUUUAUUGUAAAAAGAGAACAUGCAUUAACAUCAGGAACAAUAAAAGCCAUGUUGAGUGGCCCAGGUCAAUUUGCUGAGAAUGAAACUAAUGAAGUCAAUUUUAGAGAGAUCCCUUCACACGUGCUAUCAAAAGUGUGCAUGUAUUUUACUUACAAGGUUCGCUACACUAACAGCUCCACGGAAAUUCCUGAAUUCCCAAUUGCACCUGAAAUUGCACUGGAACUGCUGAUGGCUGCGAACUUCCUAGAUUGUUAAAUAAAAUAAAUUAUAAUAAACUGUUAACUUUUUUCAGUAUUUAAUACCUGUAGUUCAGUUAGUAAUUUUUUCAUAUAUAGCAUGUUGCCUGUGUGCGAUUGAACUUUAAAGUUCAUUGCAAAGCAGACUAUCGUCUCUUCUUUUGCAUAGCACAGUUGAAAUUUGUUUGCUACAUCAACAGAUUAAGGACAUUUUCACAAAUUGAGAAAUAAACAAAUAUGUCAGUUGCUAAGUAGUUUUGCCUUACCCUUUGGAUGUGAUUUUUAAAAUUAGAGUGGUGGCAAUAUAGUAAAUGCUGAAAUUUAGUCAUAAAUGAACAUAUUCUACAGGUAAAUAUUGGGCUAUGUAUUUUUGUUUUCAGUGUGUGUUUUUUUUAACCUAUUCUGAUCUUAUAGCCAUCAUUACCAUUAGAAUUAUGCAAAUAAUUGCAUUAUAAACAUGUUUAUAACUUAGCCAAAUGUUGAUUUUUUUUAUAAUUGUCAAAGACAUGAGUUGAAAUUUCUUAUGUGUCUUUUGAUAAACUGCAGUAUUGUUUAAGUGUAUCUUGUCUUUUUGUUCAUUGCUACAAUUUAAAAACUUUAUUUAAAAGCAGUUUGACAGAUUACUUGGUACGGCUGUUGGAACAGUGACCUUUUGAACUGUAGCCACAUGGUCAAUAAGUAAAGUACAUGACCUUGAUUUCAUGUGUACUGUGCAUUUUGGCCAAUCCAAAGUACUGUAUUUUCGACUAUAAAGCUUCCUUUGCAAUAUUCAUUCUUC